AUGAAACCCAAAAAACGAAGCCCUAAUUUGCAAUGUACUGUGUUCGAUUCACUAAAAAGAAUUCAAAAACUUGGUAAAGAAACCAACCUGCUUCGAUUCUGUAAUCCUUUCAGACGAUCGGCUUUAAUGAAGCUUCAAUGUCGAUCGAUUGGGGGUUGCAUCGACUUCACAGUAAAAUCAUCCCGCUCGUUUGUUGGAGGAGUAUCGAAUUUGUUUUUAGUCUCUCAAGUCUCAAGUAACCUAACGACUAACGAAAAGAGAAGCCUCUUGCCGCCAUUCCUGAUCAAUCUUCCCCUCCUGCUUCUAUUUCCACCGCCAACAUCAAUGUACCUGAUGUCACCAAACAAUACCAGUGGGUCUUAA